AUGGUUGUUGUGGUGAUGGUUGUGGUGGUGAUGGUUGUUGUUUUGGUUGUGGUGGUGGUGAUGGUUGUGGCGGUGGUGAUGGUUGUUGUUUUGGUGGUGGUGGUAGCAGUAGUGGUGGUGGUGGGACCCGAUCACACGGCGCGUCCAACACUGACCAACGCAGACUCAACACUGACCAACGCAGACUCAACGCAAGACUCAACACUGACCAACGCAGACUCAACACUGACCAACGCAGACUCAACACUGACCAACGCAGACUCAACGCAAGACUCAACACUGACCAACGCAGACUCAACACUGACCAACGCAGACUCAACACUGACCAACGCAGACUCAACACUGACCAACGCAGACUCAACACUGACCAACGCAGACUCAACGCAAGACUCAACACUGACCAACGCAGACUCAACGCAAGACUCAACACUGACCAACGCAGACUCAACACUGACCAACGCAGACUCAACACUGACCAACGCAGACUCAACGCAAGACUCAACACUGACCAACGCAGACUCAACGCAAGACUCAACAAUGACCAACGCAGACUCAACACUGACCAACGCAGACUCAACACUGACCAACGCAGACUCAACACUGACCAACGCAGACUCAACACUGACCAACGCAGACUCAACGCAAGACUCAACACUGACCAACGCAGACUCAACGCAAGACUCAACACUGACCAACGCAGACUCAACACUGACCAACGCAGACUCAACACUGACCAACGCAGACUCAACACUGACCAACGCAGACUCAACACUGACCAACGCAGACUCAACACUGACCAACGCAGACUCAACACUGACCAACGCAGACUCAACACUGACCAACGCAGACUCAACACUGACCAACGCAGACUCAACGCAAGACUCAACACUGACCAACGCAGACUCAACACUGACCAACGCAGACUCAACACUGACCAACGCAGACUCAACACUGACCAACGCAGACUCAACGCAAGACUCAACACUGACCAACGCAGACUCAACGCAAGACUCAACACUGACCAACGCAGACUCAACACUGACCAACGCAGACUCAACACUGACCAACGUAGACUCAACGGAAGACUCAACACUGACCAACGCAGACUCAACACUGACCAACGCAAGACUCAACGCAAGGACACUCGGAAAACAAUUGUGCUCCAUGGGCCCCGUGCACACCAUAAAUGUCCAUUGGUGGGUGCAGAAUGUUUACAAGGCCACACGUAGAGUUAAAUGA